AUGUCAAUAAAGUUCGUUAUAUGCCUGAAUAAACAAGGUGCGCUGCGUCUAAUAAGGCUCUUUGAGCCUUUCUCCGGAGAUGCGAACAGUAGCCAGUCCACAAUCGCGCAAAUAUACAAGCUAAUAUCGUCAAGAGACCACAGGCAUCAGAGCAACUUUGUUGAAUUCUCGGAUUCAACAAAGCUCGUCUACAAGCGAUACGCCGGGCUGUACUUUGUUAUGGGCGUUGGUCUACAAGACGAAGAAUUGAUCUAUUUAUCACACAUUCACCUUCUAGUCGAGGUUUUAGACGCCUUUUUUGGUAACGUUUGCGAGCUGGACAUCGUUUUCAACUUCCACAAGGCUUAUAUGAUUCUAGAUGAGCUCAUAAUAGGCGGCGAGAUCCAGGAGACUUGCAAAGAUGUAAUUCUAGAGCGCGUCAACUAUUUAGACAGACUAAGUUAG